GCCUCAUGCUUUACAGAAAUGUCGGUUUCAACCUUUCAGAAGAUCACUUUCAUCUCCUGCCUCGUCCUCUGCGUCUCUCUAUUUCUACCCAAAAUAUUUCUGUCUAGAGGGAAGAAAGAUGUCGUUCAGUCAGAGGUUGGUCCUGGACACGUUCCUCCCUUGAGAUACAGCCAGCCAUUCUCAGAAGAUCAUGAUCAGUGGCAGUUGGAACCACUCUAUACCAAACCGUUCAAUCCUGAGGCCAUUUCCAGAACCAAAGGUGCUGGAAAACCCAACCUCCUCGGCCAGGUCAUUCCUGUUUACGGCUUUGGAAUCUUCCUCUAUAUCAUCUACAUAUUCUUCAAGCUUACCUACAAAGACAGAUCCCCCAGGCAAGAAUGUAGAUUCCCCAUCCUGAUAGCAGAAAGCACAAUACAGGACAUACCUGAUUAUGAGAUGGCUCAGCUACAGGCCAGACUGAGACAGAUGGAGGGAGUGAGAGAGAGAAGAGCAUCGAAAGCUAUCCACCCGCCUGCCAGGUCUCGGAGGAGCAGCCGCAGACAGGAGGAGAGGAAACUCCGGCAACUGAGGCAGAUCACACGAGUGAUGCUGGAGGGGCGUCCUCUAGAGGGCGUCUCCCCUGAGGUGGAAGCUGAGGAAACCCCCUAUUCCGCAGACUGGGAGGGCUACUCCGAAGAGACCUUUCCCAAGUACGAAGUGGCAUUUCGCGGACGGCGCUAUCCAAGCGUCAUACUUGAGGAGCCUGAUAUGGACAUACCUACUGCUGAGCAAAUCGCAGAGAGAAUGGGGAAAGAAGAUGAUGAAGAAGAAGAAGAGGAACAAGACAUAACUGAAGAAGUACAUGAAGCAGAGCUAAUAAAAGAAGAUGAUGAUGAAGAUGAAGAUGAUACCCAUCAAAAAGAUCAAGAACAGGACGAGGAAGAGGAAGAGGAGGAGGAAGAAGUGGGAGAAGAUCAGCCUUGUCUACCUCAUGAUACAGAUGAUGAAGAUCAAGGACCAAAAUCAAAAGGAGCAAGGAAGCACAGAGAGACACCCAGCAGCAGAAGACAAAUAACGUUCAGUGAACACAGACACGUCUUCCGCUACCCGAAAGGAGACACUGUUGGCUGCACGUAUGAGGAUGAGGAUGAGGAAGAAACCCACGAAGAAGACAAUGGGGAAGAUGAUGAUGAUGAUGACGACGAUGAUGAUGAUAUGGAGGAUGAGGAUAAGCAAGAUGAAGUUCAAAAGAAGGUGGUGGAGAGGGAAGAGGAAGACCCGCUGAUGGAGGCCGAGAGGCUGGGCUUCCACACUGAGGUGGAGUGUGAUCCGGAAGAACAGGAAGUCAACUUCCUCGAUUUCCUCCUCACGUACCAACCAGAAGCCACCGUUAGCUCUAACCAACCAGUGACCCCCCGAACUCCAGCUUCUGGGACCCUGAGGAUGCGCCACAAGAAACCCAAAAAGAAAAACUGACCCAUCCGUCAAGAGACCGACAGUGCAAUUAAUGUCCUAUUUGUGAUGAAUAUCUACAGGGUCUAAAAAGCUCCCGGAUCCUUGGAGGCAUUUUCUUUAGAUCAGCUUCUUUUAAAAGCUG